AUGAACACCAACAGUUUCCUGACGAGCAAACAAAUGAAGCCAACUCAACUGCUCCCUGCUGUCAGCUCAGUUGAAAGUCAACUCGGUAGUGGGAAUGGUAAAGAAGCAGCAGCAGCAGCAACAACAACAACAUCGUCAAGCAACCACAACAACGUUUACAACAACUAUUUUGUUGAAAAUCAGAAUAACGUUUAUGGUGUUCCCUCGCAACAACAUUACAGAAGCCAUAGCAAAGACAUUAACAACACUGUGUAUAACAACAUCGUCUCUAAUGGCAUGCACACAAAUGUAAAACCUGCCAGCAACAUUAAUGAUGAUGAUGCUUCGUCAUCCUCUACUUCUACAUCAGCCACAACACUAACAACGACAACAAACACGAAGAUGCCUCUUGAUGCAUAUUCGAACAAAAACUUUGCAGUUGAAAACAACGACAACAAGCUGUACAACCUUUCGAAUUUCCCCAACCAAAUCAUAUCGUACCAUCCACAGUACACAACAUAUCCAAACAUUCAAACGGGCUACCAACAUCUUCAGGCCAACAACAACAUCGCCAACAGCUUAAUCACCACAAACAGCAUCAACUACAACAACUACAACAAUUACAGCAACUUCGGCGAUCACUUUAAUGUCAUUUACGAAGACGACCUCGUGGAAAACUUCAAGCAACCAUCCUUUUCCGAACUGUUAGACCUCAUCUCCAACUCGGUCCUCAAUGAAAAUUCUAAAUUAGGAGAUCUUUCUAAACUUUUAUCAGAAGAGAUGGAAAAACUUGAACAGCGGAAGCACAAGAUCGCCGUUGUCAUAGGAUUUCAAUCAAACUGGAGUAGUCGCUUCUAA